AAUGAAAUCUAAAGUUGAUUCUCAAUAAGAGGAAUCUAAUACAGAUAAUGACUUUUCAGAGAUGUCUGAUACACAAGUAAGAAGAAGAGGUCCAUCUCCAAAAAAGGUUGUUUCUAAGAAUAAAUUACCUAAUUUAGAAAGAAAUGUCCCUAUAAUUAUCAAGAAUAACAACUUUGUGGUAAGAACUAUAUGGACAAUUGUUAUGAUUUUGGGGUUUAUGGGUGUUUUAUGGGCAGGCCACAUUUAUAUUAUUGGAUUGGUCUUGCUGGUUAAUAUUGGAAUAUUUAAGGAAAUUUUAGGAUUAAAAAGAAAUUAUGAGAAAGAGUUGAAUGUUAAAUAUUCUUCUUUAAUAAAUUGGUACUUCUUUGGAAUUGCCACUUUUUUUUGUUAUGGAAAAUUGUUUUAAUCUAAAUUAUCAGAAUAUGCAUUUAAAAUGAAUAUGCUGUCAUUUAUUUUGAAUUAUCAUAAUAUUAUAACUUUUAUGUUAUGGGUGGCAGGAUUUCUAAUAUUUACAUUAUCACUCAAAAAAGGAUAUUAUCGAUAUUAAUUUAGAAUGUUUGGAUGGACACAUAUCACUUUAAUACUUGUAGUUGCAUAAAGUUCAGUCAUGAUUAUGAAUAUUUUUGAAGGUAUUUACAAUAAAUAUCAAUAUUUUUAGGUAUUGUUUGGUUUAUAUUACCAUGUUCUUUAGUAAUAACAAAUGAUAUAUUCGCAUAUAUUUUUGGAGUAUCAUUUGGAAAGACUCCCUUAAUUGAACUAUCACCAAAGAAAACAUGGGAAGGUUUUAUAGGAGGCUGUUUUUCAACAUUAAUUGCAUCUUUUUGUGUAAUAAUUAAUUCAUAACAUAGUUUGCUUAUGUUCUAUAAGGUAGUCAAUAUUUGACUUGUCCCUAACAUUAACUACCCUUUUCUCCUUUUGCUUCAUUAACAUGUGAAAUACCUAGUGUAUUUAUAAGUACAUAAAGAUAAUUACCUUUUUCAAUAUUUGGAUUUGAUUCUAUUUAUUUCAGUGAUUUCUAGAUUCAUGCUAUGGUGUUUAGUUUAUUCACAAGUUUGGUAUCACCAUUUGGUGGCUUUUUUGCAUCUGGUUUUAAGAGAGGUAUUAAAAUCAAGGAUUUUGGUGAUACUAUCCCAGGACAUGGAGGAAUUACUGAUAGAAUGGAUUGUUAAAUAUUAACAGGAAUGUUUUCUUAUUUAUAUUUGCACUAAAUUGUCUUACCAAAAGCAGUAACAUUAGGAACAGUACUCGGUUAUGUUUCCUAAUUAUCUACUAAUCAACAACAAGAAUUAUUUAACUAGCUUAAAUAGACAUUGUAAAUUGGUUAAUGAA